UUAACCCAACCAUACCUGAAAUACAGCAAUAUACUCUCACUCUUCAAAGAUCGUCAAAGUGGUCCAAGUGUGUCGAGGUAUUAGUGUUACAGGUUUACUGAGCAGACACAAAAAAUUAAGAUAAAUGAUGUCUUAAAGGAGACAUAUAUUUAUAAAAAGAAGAUAUUAGUAUAUAUAAUAGCUUUUUUAAAGAAUGGGUCCACCAAAGCGCUUUAAAAAGGACAACAGUAAAUGGAAAAAGCGCAAGGACGAUUACGAUGAAUAUCACGAUGAUGAUUCGAUGGAUAGUAAUGAAGCAGAUGGUGUACCUGAUGCGGCAAAGAAUGAUGUGGAAAAGCAAGAUGAAAAUGCGCUUGAGGAUGAAUUUGGGGCAAAGGACUAUCGCUCGCAAAUGAUUCUAAAGCCAGAUUGUGCAUCCAGACCAUUAUGGGUGGCACCAAAUGGACAUAUCUUUUUGGAAUCUUUUUCUCCUGUGUAUAAACAUGCUCAUGAUUUUUUAAUUGCUAUAUCAGAGCCUGUAUGCAGGCCAGAACAUAUUCAUGAGUAUAAGCUGACUGCGUAUUCGCUCUAUGCUGCAGUUAGUGUUGGCCUACAAACGCAAGAUAUAAUAGAAUAUUUAAAGAGGUUAAGUAAGACCAGUAUUCCUGAUGGUAUAAUUGAGUUUAUAAAAUUGUGCACAUUGUCUUAUGGAAAAGUUAAACUUGUCUUAAAACAUAAUAAAUAUUUCAUUGAAUCGCCAUUUCCUGAAGUGUUACAAAAAUUACUAAAGGAUCCAGUAAUUCAAGAAUGUCGGUUGAGGAAGAUUGUAGAGAAUACAGAAGUUGAUGACAUUGUCACGAAUAUCCAAACCAAAAUAAAAGUUCCACAGUUUGGGUCAAAGGCAACCACAAACACUGCUGCAUCUAGUAAAACAAAUUCAGAACCCGAACCUGAGCAAAUAGUAGCAGAAACAGCUACCGUUCCAGAAGAUAUAACUGCCUUUUAUGACAAAAUUGACAAAGAGGACGAAGACGAAGAAGAAGAGCAAGAAUUAAAAACAGUUAGUUUCGAGGUGAAUCAGGAAAAAAUUGAAGUUAUACAGAAGCGAUGUAUCGAGCUGGAGCAUCCUUUAUUGGCGGAAUACGAUUUUCGCAAUGAUACUAUAAACCCAGACAUAAAUAUCGAUCUAAAGCCAUCAGCCGUCUUAAGACCUUAUCAGGAAAAAAGUUUGCGGAAGAUGUUUGGCAAUGGACGAGCUAGAUCCGGAGUGAUAGUCUUACCUUGCGGUGCUGGUAAAAGUUUGGUCGGUGUAACAGCUUGCUGUACCGUACGUAAACGCGCCCUGGUACUUUGCAACUCCGGUGUAUCUGUAGAACAGUGGAAGCAGCAGUUUAAAAUGUGGUCCACUGCCGACGAUUCCAUGAUUUGUCGAUUUACCAGCGAAGCGAAGGACAAACCCAUGGGUUGCGGGAUAUUGAUAACCACAUAUUCCAUGAUCACUCACACUCAGAAACGUUCUUGGGAAGCUGAGCAAACGAUGAAAUGGCUUCAAGAUCAGGAGUGGGGUAUUAUGGUUUUGGACGAGGUACACACUAUUCCGGCAAAAAUGUUCCGUAGAGUAUUAACGAUUGUUCAGUCUCACUGUAAGUUGGGAUUGACAGCGACGCUCUUGCGAGAAGACGACAAGAUCGCCGAUCUGAACUUUUUAAUUGGUCCUAAAUUAUACGAGGCUAAUUGGUUAGAAUUACAGAAGAGAGGAUUUAUUGCAAGAGUUCAGUGCGCGGAAGUCUGGUGCCCAAUGACGCCGGAAUUUUACAGAGAAUAUCUUGCCUGCAAAAUGAGCAAAAAACUGUUAUUAUACGUGAUGAAUCCAAACAAAUUUCGUUGCUGCCAAUAUUUGAUUCGAUAUCACGAAAGACGUGGCGACAAAACAAUUGUCUUCUCAGACAAUGUGUUUGCAUUGAAGCACUACGCUAUUAAAAUGAACAAGCCGUAUAUUUAUGGGCCUACUAGUCAGAACGAAAGAAUACAAAUUCUGCAAAAUUUCAAAUUUAAUAUGAAAGUGAAUACGAUAUUUGUGAGCAAAGUAGCGGAUACUUCGUUUGAUUUGCCAGAGGCAAAUGUCUUGAUUCAAAUUUCAUCCCAUGGUGGAUCUAGAAGGCAAGAAGCACAACGAUUGGGACGUAUUCUUAGAGCUAAAAAAGGAGCAAUCGCGGAAGAGUAUAACGCAUUCUUUUACACACUCGUGUCGCAAGAUACAAUGGAAAUGAAUUAUUCGAGGAAGCGUCAACGGUUUCUCGUGAAUCAAGGAUAUGCAUAUAAAGUUAUCACAAAACUCGCUGGCAUGGAUGAGGAGCCGGAUUUGAGUUAUGUAAGCCGAGAAGAGCAAGGUCAGUUGUUGCAACAAGUUUUAACGGCCAAUGACACAGAUGCAGAUGAAGAGAGGAUUCCUGGCGAUGGACUAAGACCGAUUGUGCGUAAAGCUGGCAAUAUGACAUCAAUGUCGGGAGCGGAUGAUGCUGUCUACUACGAAUACAAGAAAGCUGCUAGCUCAUCGACAGCAAAUAAACAUCCUCUCUUUAAAAAAUUUAGGACAUAAAUAUUGUGUACUCUUCUUUUUUCUAUUUCUAUUAUGUAGAAUCAUAAAAUGCAUGCGUUGUAUAUAUGUUGUUUGUAUCUCGCGUCAAGCGUUUAUAAUAAAAAAAAUUGUGAUAAAUAAUAAAUAAUAGAUC